AUGACGACUUAUGUUGUUUACAGCCACGAGGGCGCAAUCAAUAAUUUCUUCAGCUCAAACAAAACUAUGCAAGGAGUACGUCGCUAUACCAUAACAGCGGGACCCAACAAGUCCAAGCUCUUCCAGUUUCGAGAGGAGAACUUUACCAUUAAUAUAGGCAAUAUCAGCCUUGCCAAGGCAGUUCAUUUCGAGUUUCUUGCUAGGUGCAAGUAUCUCAGUGUCUUAGGCGAUUUACGACUCCUCUAUAUCUACGAGAUGGAGAAUCUUCCUAGGACUGCUUCCCUUAUAGCGGGUAUUCCGUCAGACAGCACAAAACUUGUGGCCUCAUUUAUAGGAGAACCGAAAUUACUGUACAUGUUCUUUGCACAGUCAUGGAAUAACAAUCAGAGCCCAUACUUAGAUAAAACUGCGAUUUUGCUUGGGGAAUUUCAAUAUAAGUUUGACAUACUUGCUCGAGAACGUGCUAAAAAUAGAUAA